AAUGAACAAAGAAAAUUAUUGUUGUCCCUUGAUUUUGUAAUAUAAAGACUAACUCCUAACUUGCUUGUGCAAUAUUUUAAAAGAAAGUUGGUGUAUGAGGAAUGAAACAAUGAAGGAGGUUUUCCAUAUCAAUAUGCACUUGAAGAAGCAAUAUUAAUAUAUAGGGCUCCUUUCAAACUUUAGAGCCACUCCCUCAAUCGUACUUUUUCAAUUUUUAAUACACAGGAGAUUGAGGACGAAGGAAAUGAGAGCACUGAAUCUUCAUCAACUGGAGUUGAAGACACUAGCAUUGGAGAUGGCGAGGACAUACUUGCACUAGAUUCCAAGGUAGUUGAACAAGAUGAUAAGAUGACUGAAGGCAAGCCAGGAAUAGUGGCAAGCCAAGGAAUCCAAGUACAAGAAGGGCUGAACCUUUUGCAUAAACAAGAGGGAAUAGAUUUUGUUCCUAACAACAACAUUGACAUUUCUUCAGAUAUCCGUACAAGAUUGGGAGCAUAUAAACAUUUUGUUGAUCUGGAUGAUGCACAGAUUUCUCUUCUGGUGGAGGCAAUUACUUCAUAUCCUCAUCUCUGGAAUGCUUCCAAGAAGUUUAGUGAUCGUUUUCAAGCUUGGAGGUUGAAAAUUUUGGCAGAUAUGUUGUCUUUCCUUCAGAAGGAAAGUGUCCAUAGUGUUAUUCCUCAAAGAGAAAAAGAGUUCUAUAAACUAUGUGAAGAAGCUAUUUUAGUUGGAUUUGAGAGUUCAUGGGUAGAGAAAAUGCGUCAACGUGUUGUGGCAAGGAAUCCUAAGCUGGGAGAGGACAUUGCACGGAGACAAAUAAAUGAGAAUUCUAAGAGCAAUUUAAGCUUGUUAAACAGGUAUAGUAGUGGGGACGUUGUUGAAGAAAGUGAUGGGCCUAAGAUUAGAUUGGAAGAAGGUUCUGACUUGGUUGAUAAAGAAGGUGAAAUAGGUGUUGCUUCUAAUGACAACAUUGUGGCUAUGAGAAAUGAAGAAGCAGAGAAGGAAUUUGAGUACCAAGAAUAG